AUGAUUGCUCUCCGACGCCCAAACCGAACAGUUCCAGCGUACAGAAAGGCAAUGGCGAAAAUCAUUCACGAAUACUACUCGGAUCUCUUCGAUAGCCACGUCCACCUUCCGCCAUAUGAAAUAAAGGAGGAUGGAUAUGUUAUACCACCGGUUCUCCCAUCCGAAAUCCGACAUGCCAUUUCGUCGGUGAAAAAUCGCGCAGCACCAAGUACGAACAGGAUAAGACCAGAAUGCCUGAAGAACCUUCCGCCAGUCCUCGUAAACACACUGGCUCGGUUCUUCACACCUUACCUGUCUGAAUACAAGGUCCCCUAUUCAGUGGAAGACCAGCAAGAUGUCGUCAACAAAAUUUUUAUUUGA